AUGGGAGACUUAAACACUGAAGGCCCUUCUUCUUCUUCUCUUCCCCUUUCUUCAAGGUCUAAUUUGCCUAUGCUUUACUAUGGUCUCGUUGUAGUCGGAACAGCUGCCGUUGUAUUGGCUGUAUACAACCUUAUCGUCAUCCGGUGGUGUACACAGCGCCCUGAUUAUUCUAGGCAAAGACAAACCCGACUUGCCGAAAUGGCUGCUGGGCGGAGUUACGAGAGCCAGAGUAGGAUCAUAUUGUCGUCGAGCUUCAAGUACAAGAAGGGAAGCAUCGACACGGGGUCUGAAGAAGCCGGAGAACAUGAAUGCGCAGUUUGUUUAUCGGUUUUCGAAGAUGGAGAUGAAGUGAGGCAACUUCCAAGGUGCAAGCAUUCUUUCCAUGCUCCUUGUAUAGAUAUGUGGCUCUAUUCUCAUUUCGAUUGUCCACUAUGCCGUACCUUAGUGGAUCCCGAGCCUUCUCUGAUUCGUCGGAGACAAACAGAGGAAGCUCCACCGCAGAAUCCCAGAGAAGAUAUUCUAGGCGUCCCAGAUUUAGUUUGA